AUGUCUUUAAACGCUGCCGAUCGCCAUCAAUCGGUAAUGGCCGUGCCGCGGUCAUCUGAACACUUGGAUGACAACGAAGGUGCGCUUGAUGAGUUUGUUCGAACCGGUGGUUCGUCAGAUGUCCGGUUCUCGCGUCCGUACGCUCUUACGCACAUUGUCUAUGAGCUACGCCAUGUAAUCAAGGACGAGGGACUUCUGGCCAAGUACUUGAGCUCACACCCGGCACCAGUGAUGAUGGAAGAACAUCAUGGAGACAUGGAAGAUACGUCGCUCGCCUUCUCCCAGUACAUUCAGGUUUCGGAACCCACCCGUCUUUUGAGACCUAUGACUUGUAACCCUGUCUAUUUGGACAAGGUUCCCCAGAACAACUCGGUGCGGCACGUUAACAGUUACGCAUUUACAGAGGACCUCACCCGUUAUUUACCGGGCGUAGACAGCAUUGAGUCCCUUACGUUUACAUUCAAAGUACGCAACAUGCACUUGUUAUCCAAAUUCCCUCAAUUGAAGGCCCUCUGUGUGUGUCAGAACGGGCACGAUUUGGAACAGCUGCCACCGUCGGUCCUAUUCCUUCGAGUACCGGAACUACCGGAUCGCGUUCCCCAAAACGCCAAAAACCUCCGACUUGUCGAGACCCACAAACCGGUCGAUGCCAGCACCCAAGCUGUGUGGCGCCGAGUGAGCCCCAACAUUAAGUUUAUGGUCAGACAGAUAUUUGAAGAAGAUGAACACAAAACAAGGAUUCUCGACAAUAACGUCGAUUGGUACCAACACUCCGAGUUUAAGCGCACUGUGAUGAAAUACCUGAAGUUCCCCCUUCACUUUGAAUUUUGA